CUGCAACCAUCUGUCCAACAUCUUGACGCCCUCGCAUCCGGCCCCUUAGAUAGUCCUGCCUCUUCCCUGCCGAGAAGCAACAAAGAAAACACACAGAUUGCCCAGUAUGGAGUCCGAAUCUGACAACGAUUUCCGCGAUGACAAGAGCGUAUCUGAGCACGAGGAGGUUGAGGAGACAAAGCCAAAGUCUGCGCUCAAAAAGGGCCGGGAGCCAGCGCCCGUUGUAGAGCGUCCAGAAUUGCCCGAACAACCAGACCCAAGCACCCUCGACGUCUCAACGCUGACCCCUUUGUCACCCGAAAUCAUUUCCCGCCAGGCUACUAUCAACAUUGGAACAAUUGGUCACGUCGCUCACGGAAAGAGUACAGUGGUAAAAGCCAUUUCCGGUGUGCAGACUGUCCGCUUCAAGAACGAACUCGAGAGGAAUAUCACCAUCAAGCUCGGUUACGCAAACGCGAAGAUCUACCAGUGUGACAACUCCGAGUGCCCGCGCCCCACAUGCUACCGAUCAUACAAGAGCGAGAAGGAGGUCGACCCGCCUUGCGAGCGUGAAGGAUGCGGAGGACGAUACCGAUUGAAGCGCCACGUCUCGUUCGUCGAUUGCCCCGGUCACGACAUUCUCAUGAGCACGAUGUUGUCUGGCGCCGCCGUCAUGGACGCCGCACUGCUGCUGAUUGCCGGAAACGAAUCUUGCCCGCAACCGCAGACAAGUGAGCAUCUUGCUGCUAUUGAGAUCAUGAAGCUCAACCACAUCAUCAUCCUUCAGAACAAGGUCGAUCUGAUGCGGGAGGACAGCGCUGCCGCCCACUACGAGUCCAUUCUGAAGUUUAUCCGAGGAACAGUUGCCGACGGCUCACCCAUUGUUCCCAUUUCGGCGCAAUUGAAGUUCAACAUUGAUGCCAUCAACGAGCAACUCAUCAGCAAGAUCCCAGUCCCAGUCCGAGACUUCUCCGCAAAGCCACACAUGAUUGUCAUUCGAUCAUUCGACGUCAACAAGCCUGGUGCUGAGAUUGAUGAGCUGAAGGGCGGUGUUGCUGGUGGCAGUAUCUUGACUGGUGUGCUGAAGCUUGGUGACGAGAUUGAGAUUAGGCCUGGUAUUGUGUCCAAGGACAGCGCCGGAAAGAUUCAGUGCAAGCCCAUCUUCUCAAGAGUCGUGUCCUUGUUUGCUGAGCACAAUGACCUGAAGUUUGCUGUUCCUGGUGGUUUGAUUGGUGUCGGUACACGUGUAGACCCUACCCUGUGUCGUGCGGAUCGUCUUGUCGGUUUCGUCCUUGGUCUCCGUGGCCACCUUCCCAAUAUUUACACUGAGCUUGAAGUCAACUACUUCCUCCUCCGAAGAUUGCUCGGAGUAAAGACCGCAGACGGCAAGCAGGCCAAGGUUGCCAAGCUUGCGAAGAAUGAAGUCCUCAUGGUUAACAUUGGUUCCACCGCUACGGGUGCCAAGGUUGUCGCUGUAAAGGCUGACGCUGCACGUCUUUCCCUGACCUCACCCGCAUGCACAGAGAUUGGCGAAAAGGUGGCCUUGUCCAGACGUAUCGAGAAGCACUGGCGUCUCAUUGGAUGGGCCAACAUCGUGGCUGGUAACAUCCUUCAACCCAUCGUCGAUUGAGAGGGGAGGCGUAGCGGGGUAGCUCCUGGGGAGCUUAUAUUACACAUUUGACGAUGGGACGACGUGGACACGAACGAUACGACGGCCACAAUAACAUGUGCAUCAUAGUUCUGAGCAUUUAUGUCUGGAGUCGGUUGCACUUGGGGAUAGACACCAAAAGCGUUUUUGUUUGUAGCUAUGCCUUGGGCAGCGUCGGACAGGCAGGGGGGGAGAGGUGUAGCAUCCCUAACACGGAAGGUCUGGUGUAUCAGUACAAAAUGUCCAACAGAAUUGGCCAAACAUAAUGAAACAUGCCCGAUCCACUA